UCUGCCUGUGAACCGAGCUCCGCCGAAUGUUUGGAAUUGUUGUGAUGGAAGGCCGCGGCCAUCUUGGAUGAGCGCCGCUCCGCAUCGAGCACCAACGGUCGACGGUAACGGCCGAGCAGCCAGCUAGCUAACCUAGAGAGAUUAACUUCAACCUGUUUCUCCUCGAAUGCGACUAUGCUUUAUUUUCGCUGUUUUCUGUAGUCAGUCGUUGCGCGCACAAAAUGGGAAGCAGUAGUUUUAAAGGCUUUGCGCCUAUAAUUUAGUAUAGGGCAGAGGCGUUGCUGGUCCUCGGUAUAUUUUUACAUUUCUGAAUUGAGGAGUUACUAUGAAUGGAGGAUAAAUGUUGCCAAAGGCUGACAGCAGCAGUUUCGUCCUCCUCUUCUCUCUUCUCUUCGUCCUCACGCUUACGGACCCACCACGGACAGGUCCACGGCUAGCUCUGGCAAGAUUAUUGUCAGAGCAACGCUGCAACCCUGGGCAGUUCGCCUGCCGCAGUGGGAAGAUGCAGUGUAUUCCCAUGUCCUGGCAGUGUGACGGCUGGACAGCAUGCGAGGACAAAAGUGAUGAGAUGGACUGUCCCCUCUUAAAGGAGGAAAGGUUUCGAUUUGAGGACGGAUACGAGCAGGUAGAAGAUGCUAUGGGUGUUGCUCAGCCAGUGCGCUUCAACAAGAAAUGCCCCAGCGGGUGGCAUCACUACGAUAAGACAGCCAGCUGCUACAAAGUCUACCUGAAGAAUGAGAACUACUGGCAGGCUGUGGAUACGUGCCAGAAGGUUAACGGCUCUCUGGCUACGUUCGUAACCAGUGAGGAGCUGCAGUUCAUACUGAAGAUCGAAGUGGAUUCUGAUGACAAAGUGUGUGAGCGCAGAGACCAGUGCAAGUUCUGGGUAGGCUAUCAGUAUGUGAUCACCAAUCGAAGUCACACCCUGGAGGGCCGCUGGGAAGUAGCAUAUAAAGGGUCAAUGCAGGUGUUUUUACCACCUGAAGGCUUAAAGAAGUUUGGGGAGACGUCUCCCUCCCAGGAUAAUGUCUUCUGCGCCCAGCUGCAACGCUUUCAGAUCAGGAGCAUGAAUGAACGAGGCCUGCACAGCUGGCACGCUGAAAACUGCUACAAGAAGUUCCCCUUCCUGUGCAAGAGGAGGCAGACAUGCGUUGACAUAAAAGACAAUGUCGUAAACGAGGGCUACUACUUCACCCCGAAGGGAGACGACCCGUGUUUGAGCUGCACAUGUCAUGACGGCGAGCCAGAGAUGUGUGUGGCGGCGCUGUGUGAGCGACCGCAAGGCUGCAAUCACUUUCAAAAGGACCCCAAGGAGUGCUGCAAGUUCACCUGCCUAGAUCCCGAUGGAAGCAGUCUGUUUGAUUCGAUGGCUAGUGGGAUGAGGCUGAUCGUCAGCUGCAUCUCAUCCUUUCUCAUCCUGUUGCUGCUGCUCUUCAUGGUGCACAGACUGCGUCAGAGAAGACGUGAACGCAUCGAAACUCUGAUCGGUGGAAACUUGCACCACUUCAACCUAGGACGACGAGUUCCAGGCUUCGACUACGGCCCUGAUGCCUUUGGAACUGGUCUCACUCCUCUGCAUCUGUCUGACGAUGGAGAGGGCGGCGCUUUCCAUUUCCAGGAGCCUCCCCCGCCGUACGCAGCCUAUAAAUACCCCGACAUCCAGCACCCGGAUGAUCCCCCCCCACCAUACGAAGCCUCCAUCAACCCAGACACCUUCCUCUACGUGGACUUCGGACACAGCGGGGUUUCCAUGGUGCCGAGCCAGAUGAACACUAUGGGGGACGGGCUGGAGGCCGACCUUCCCACCUCCCCUUGUCCAGUGCCAGAUUCUGUGCCAUCGUCUCAAGAGAGGGAGGACUCCAUAGAUAGCAGCACGCUCCUGGUGGGACCUGACACACCAACAGAUGGCCACAGCCCCGCUUCUCUGCCCUCAGACUGCACCUCCUCUCUCAGCACUGUUGUAUAGGAGCCACAGAGGGAGGGAUAUCAGGAGUUAGAACUGCAGGCUGUCGAUGUCGGCUUCAGGGAGUAGACCUAUAGUUUGUAUAGACGUACGAGAAGGAGCAGCUGACGCCUCCUUGCAGCGGGGCGUUUUUUUUUUUUUUCUGAAGACAUUUCAGCUGUUUGUUCUUUGUUUUUGAAGUCGCUGGCAUCUGAGGGAGCAACCCGAUAACUCGACGGCUGCACUUAUUUUUGUGCAGACUAGGAAAAAAAAGCUAAGAAGCAGCUAAAUUGGGUGAGAGCUCCCUGAGGAUCAGACUUUAUAGAGCCAAUGUUUUAGUCCAGCAAAGAGAGAAAACGACAAACCCAACUUGUGUUGCUUUGUGCGCUUUUUGUUGGCGUCACAGUUUGAAACUGCAGCAUCUUUAUUGAUCUCCAAGCUACUAUAACAUCCACUCCUUUCUGCCGCAGCAUGACCCAGAGCUGAUUAAAACCUUCUGCUCCCCCCCUUCAUUUUUACAAUCUGACCUAAGCAGCUGUCUUCCAGAUUUAUAGCGCAGAUUUGCAGAACCAGAUAUUUUUUAGCUCAGAGAUUAACUUUAAGGAGGCUGUUGGUAGUUGGGUUUUUAUCGGGUUAUGCUGGGGGAAAAAAAAAAAAGCUUUAGAUAUCAGAAGAAUGGUGAUGCUGAUAAUCAGUUUGGUGUUGUGUUCUGUUUGGUCUUAAUUUAUGACUGCAGUUUGAUUAUUUUGGUUGAUUGUUGGAAACAUGUAAGCUGAUUUAGACUUUGAUCAAUGAUGCAAUGUAGAGAUGGUUACAGAUUAAAUAUUAAAGCAUUUGAGUUUAUAGAAAGGGAAAAUCGCAUGUUAGUAGGGCUGGGCGAUAUGACCUCAAAUCGAUAUCACGAUAAAUUGGACAAUUUUACCUUGAUAACGAUAAAUGCUCCUGCUCUCUGAAAAUAAUGGCAGGUGUAGGAAAUGCAACUGAUCUAUUUUUCAUGUAUUUAUUGACCAAACCAGGUUACAUUUAAAUUGAAAUAAACAUAAAGUCUUGUAAACAUUAAAGUUCAAACUUUCAACAAUGUCUCAUUGAACAGGAGAAAAAUGUUACCUCUCGGAAAUAUUUUUGUGCAAAGGUAAUGGAGCCUUUUGCACGUCCUCAAACUCAACAGUGUGGUUUUGCUGUAGGUGGUGUCACUUUGGGUAGUUUUGGGUAGCAUUUCGCAUAUUCUUUUGCUCUACAUCUACUAUGGAACACAAAAUAUUUACAAAUUACAGACGUCAGAAUUUUUUUUGGGAACCAAUACGACAGGAUUAACUGAUAUUAUUUCGUUUACGGCUGUGUUAGCCACUUCUUAACUGGAAACCUCCAGUAGAACCAGACUCUGUGUGAGCGGCCAUCUGCCGAGGCCGACUGGGGUUCAAGGAGACAGAAGCAGAGAUACAAAAGGCAGCUAUAAACCAGCUCCACAGGUGUCCAGGUGUGUCCAGGAAACACACAGCCAGGCAGACAAGCUCCGGGUCAGCCCCCACGUCAGAGGACAAAGAGAGCCCAUCCAACCAGUCACAAUGAGAGAAACGGGACUACACUGAAAAACAGGCCAAGCUCCAACAUCUAUGAACAAAGGUGUUGAUGGCAGCAGCACAGCUGUUAUUUCUCUCCAGUAUGGUGUCUCAGCCAAA